AUGGCCGAUUUGGAGGCCGUAUUGGCCGAUGUCUCCUACCUCAUGGCCAUGGAGAAGAGCCGAAGUCAGCCGGCGGCCAGAGCUUCCAAGAAGAUCAUCCUUCCAGAUCCCAGGUACGCGUUUACCCUAGUCUACAGUGGGGGAGCUGAUUCAGUGGCAAAAAAAGUACCAUUUUGCAUCUGAGAAGUAUCAAAAAUGUGGCGAAAUGCUUCCGUCUCCAAGUGAAAAAAACUUCGGUUUGAAGGGCGCGCCCUUUCCCCCACAAAGAGAGCGGGCGCGCUUUUGAAACCGUAGUUUUUUUCACUUGGAGAUGGAGGCAUUUUGCUAUCUUUUGAUACUCCCCGGAUGCAAAAUGGUACGUUUUUUGCCACUGGAUCAAUGCGUUUAUCUCUAAUCAAAAAAAUUACGAAACUCUUUCCAGUGUACGGAGUAUAAUGCAGAAAUACUUGGAGAAGACGGGUGAGAUUCGCUUUGAGAAGAUCUUCAACCAGCGAUUGGGGUUUCUUCUCCUCAAAGAUUUCGCCGAAAACGUCUCCGAGACCUCAUGUCCGCAGAUCAAGUUCUAUGAAGCGGUAAGACUUUGAACGGUCAUACUUUUACACAACGGGUUUAGAUCAAAGAGUAUGAGAAAUUGGAGACGCCGGAAGAGCGAUUAUCCAAAGCCCGUGAGAUUUAUGAUCAUCAUAUUAUGGUGGAAAUGCUGGCUCAUUCCCAUGUAAGUGUGUUCUGUUUUGUGAGAAACCACAAAGCUUUUACGUAAUAAAGCCCUCUGGCGAACUAGCGAAGUAAAUUUUUCAACUAUUAACUAUGGAUUUUCAGCACUACACAAAAGAAUCGUUACAACAUGUACAGAAGAACUUGAUGAAAAACAUUGUUCCACCUGAUCUCUUUAUGGUAUGUAAAAUACGUCCUCGAUAUUCUUGAUACCAAUAAUUUUUACUCGAUAAAAUUUUGCUUUCAGCCUUACGUAACCGAAAUUUGUGAGCAGCUAAAGGAAGAUGUCUUUCCCAAAUUCUUGGAGUCCGAAAAGUUCACGCGGUUUUGCCAGUGGAAGAAUCUCGAGUUGAACAUGCAGCUAACAAUGAACGACUUCUCAGUCCAUCGAAUCAUUGGGCGAGGAGGCUUCGGCGAGGUCUACGGAUGCAGGAAAGCGGAUACGGGAAAAAUGUAAGAGCAAAAUAUGUUCGCCUUAUUCUUGCUGAGCAACUUUGUUAGGGAUUCUAAAAUUGUUUGUUCUAGACAGGUUCCGUUUUGCAGAGUUUGCACUGUAUUAUGACACAUUUACAGUGGGGACCUGAUCCAGUGGCAAAAAACGUACCAUUUUGCAUCCGGGAAGCGUCAAAAAUGUGGCAAAAUGCUUCCCUGUCCAAGUGAAAAAACUCCGAUUUCAAAAGCGCGUCCGCUCUUUUUUGUGAGGGAAAAAGGGCGCACCCUUCAAAACGAAGUCUUUUCACUUGGAGAGGGAAGCAUUUUGCCACAUUUUUGAUGCUUCCCGGAUGCAAAAUGGUACGUUUUUUUGCCACUGGAUCAAGUCCUUCACUGUAAUACCCCCUAUUUUAUCCUACCCGAUUUUCAGGUACGCCAUGAAAUGCUUGGACAAAAAGCGUAUCAAACUGAAGCAGGGCGAAACCCUCGCCCUCAACGAACGUAUCAUGUUGAGUUUGGUCUCGACCGGACAGGACUGUCCAUUCAUUGUCUGCAUGACGUAUGCAUUCCAGACGCCGGACAAGCUUUGUUUUAUUUUGGAUCUCAUGAAUGGCGGCGACCUGCAUUACCAUUUAAGUCAGCAUGGCAUUUUCACCGAACAGGAAGUCAUUUUCUAUGCAGCGGAGGUCAUCCUGGGCUUGGAGCAUAUGCAUAAUCGAUCGGUUGUUUAUCGGUAAGUACAACAAUCACGAUUUCUCUUCCAUUUGAGCGAAAAGGACAAACGGAAAAAUAGAUUUAUUUACGCAUCCGCUCAAUUCUCAAUUUUCAGAGACCUCAAGCCGGCGAAUAUCCUGCUGGACGAAAAUGGUCAUGUUCGUGUUUCCGACUUAGGUUUGGCCUGUGAUUUCUCAAAAAAGAAGCCACAUGCGUCAGUGGGAACUCACGGAUACAUGGCGCCAGAAGUCUUGGCCAAAGGUGUGGCCUACGACUCCUCCGCGGACUGGUUUUCAUUCGGCUGUAUGUUAUACAAGCUGUUGAAGGGACAUUCGCCGUUCAGACAGCAUAAGAGCAAAGUGGUAAGUAAAUCGAAUUGGGAUUUGAUUCAAAAAGAAUGAAGAAUUCUUAAUCGUCGAGAAUUCAUCAUUCUUAGAGGAUCAAAUCAAAAUUCACAAGUACAGUGACGCACCCGAUUCAGUGGCAAAAAACGUGCCAUUCUGCAUCCGGGAAGCAUCAAAAAUGUGGAAAAAUGCUUCCCUCUCCAAGUGAAAAAAAACUUCGUUUUGAAGGGCGCGCUUUAGAAAUCGGAGUUUUUUCACUUGGAGAGGGAAGCAUUUUGCCACAUUUUUGAUACUUCCUGGAUGCAAAAUGGUACGGUUUUUGCCACUGGAUCAGGUCCCCCACUGAAGUCUGAUGCAAAAAGAAUGGUGAAUUCUCUAAUCAUCGAGAAUUCAUCACUCUUUCCCCAUGAACCACUGUUACCUGCGCCUUUUCAGAGCCAAGACAAGAACGAGAUCGACAAGAUGACGCUAACUCAAGACAUCGAACUACCCGAUCAAGGAUUCACCACCGAAUGCCGCGAUCUCCUAGAAGGCCUCCUAAAACGGAGUGUCCACGAACGCCUCGGCUGCCGCGGUCGUGGCGCCGAAGAAGUCCGAACUCAUCCCUUCUUCAAAGGCGUCGACUGGCAAGUCGUCUACCUCCGACGAAUGACCCCACCGUUGAUCCCACCUCGAGGUGAAGUCAACGCCGCUGACGCGUUCGACAUUGGGAAUUUCGACGACGACGAAGUCAAAGGAGUCAAGCUGGCGGAGACCGACGCCGACAUGUACAAGAACUUCAAUAUCACCAUCUCGGAGAGAUGGCAAAACGAGAUUGCCGAGACUGUGUUCGACGUCGUAAACCAGGAUGCGGACAAGAUUGAGAUGAAAAAGAAGAGCAAACAAAAGGCCAAACUGACGGCGGAUGAGAAGGACUCGGAUGUUAUUGUACAUGGCUAUAUCAAAAAAUUGGGCGGCCCAUUUACGUCGGCGUGGCAGACCAAAUACGGGAAACUGUAUCCCAGUCGAUUUGAGAUCUAUGCGGAGAACCUGGGAGGAAAACCUGAUGUAAGUUUAGUAAUCGUCAAAAUAGAUGUAAUAGCCAGUAUUUUCGUAUAAUUUUCAAAGCGUUCAGUAAAUUGAUUAUGUUAGAUUUUCGCACCGCGAUUUUUAGCCUAUCAACUGUCUAAAAUAAUAUAAAAAAGUGCGAAAAAUGCCUUUCAAACACUUGUAAUUGAAUAAUAAACAACUUAAUAAUAUAUUUGAACUUCUAUUUUUCUAAUAUUCCCUCUUUUUCAGUUGGUAUUCAUGGACCAAAUCGAAGAGGUCUCGGCCGAUCUGCAACAGGUCAAAGGUGAAAAUGCGAUUGUAAUUCGAUUACGUGACGGGUUUAAAGAAAACAAAAUUAUCUUAACAAAUCAGGUGAGUGCUUUUCCACAUUAUUUUUAGACAAAAAAACAUUACUUUUUCCCAAUUUAAUUACCAUCAAACUACACGAUUCAUCCCGAAUUUUGCAGGACGAGAUCUCGCUCAAGGAGUGGCACACCUCGUUGCGGACGGCGCACCGCGUCAGCGUGGAGCUGCUGCAGCGGAUGGGCCGGAAAGCGAUCAAGAUCUACGGCAUCAACCACGACCCCAUGCUCAACGAGAACGAUCGGCCCGGCUCCGUGAAUCGGAUGUUUUUGAAUCGCGCCUCGUCCGUGGACUCGGGCAUUUGA